GGGAGAUAGCGGGGCCGGGCCGGGGGCGCAGGGGAGGCUAUGGCCCGGCGGCGGCGCCGCGCCUGCAUCGCGCUGUUCCUGGUGCUGCUCUUCGCCUUCGGCACCCUCAUGGGCUUGCGCACGCUGAAGGCCCCAGACGGACUCCCCGCGCUAGGCCCAGCUCUGGAGCUGGCGCCCUUUGAGCGACGUGCGGAGGCGGCCCCUGCGCCCGCCAACCGGGCCCCGCACAGCAUGUGUGAGGAGCAACAGAAAGAGGCUGGUGUAACUUGAAGUCAGCCCCGCAGCUCGCUCGGCCCGGUCCCCGCGGAGGCCGAGCCGGCGCCCGGGCAGAGCCUGCGAGUCUACUCCGACCUGCACGCCUUCUACUACUCGUGGUACGGGAGCCCGCGGCGCGAAGGCCACUACAUCCAUUGGGACCACGUUAUGGUGCCACACUGGGACCCCAAGAUAUCGGCCAGCUAUCCCCGCGGCCGCCACAGCCCCCCGGAAGACUUGGGCUCCAGCUUCUACCCGCAGCUGGGCCCCUACAGCUCCCGGGACCCCGACGUGCUGCGGGAACAUAUGACCCAGCUCAAGGAAGCCGCCAUCGGCGUCCUGGUCCUCUCCUGGUACCCACCUGGCAUGGCUGAUGAUAAUGGGGAACCCUCAGAUGACCUGGUACCUGCCAUUCUAGACACUGCCCAUCAGUACAACAUCCAGGUGGCCUUCCACAUCCAACCUUACAAGGGCCGGGAUGACAGCACUGUACAUGACAACAUCAAGUACAUCAUUGACACGUAUGGCUCCCAUGGUGCAUUUUACCGGUAUAAGAACAGCAUGGGCAAAAGCCUCCCACUCUUUUAUAUCUACGACUCAUACCUGACAACCCCUGAGGCUUGGGCGCACCUCCUGACACCAAAUGGGCCCCACUCAAUCCGCAACACACCGUAUGAUGGAGUCUUCAUAGCUCUGCUGGUAGAGGAGGGCCACACCCAUGACAUCCUCGCAGCAGGAUUUGAUGGCAUGUACACCUACUUUGCCUCCAAUGGUUUCUCCUUUGGCUCGUCCCAUCAGAACUGGAAAGCUGUGAAGAACUUUUGUGAUGCCAACAAUCUCAUGUUCAUUCCCAGUGUGGGGCCUGGCUACAUUGACACCAGCAUCCGGCCCUGGAACAACCACAAUACUCGGAACAGGGUCAAUGGCAAGUACUAUGAGACAGCGCUGCAGGCAGCCCUGACAGUGAGGCCAGAGAUCGUCUCCAUCACCUCUUUCAAUGAGUGGCAUGAAGGCACACAGAUCGAGAAGGCCAUUCCCAAGAAGACACCCACUCGCCUGUAUUUGGACUAUCUGCCUCAUCAGCCCAGCCUGUACCUGGAGCUGACCCGCCGCUGGGCAGAGCACUUCAUCAAGGAGAAGGAGCAGUGGCUGAUGUGAGGGGCCUGAGGCAAACACCCAAGCCUUGCUGGAAGAUGUCACCAUGUAGGCUCAGCUGAGGGCACAGGCACUCACUGGCCCAGCAGCUGGGUGCUUCUGGGUGGUCAUCAAGCCAGGGCCCAUGUAGGACAGAGCCUGUUGCUGUGGCAAGCGUGCCGAGGCCCACUGCAGAGAUGCAAAGCAAGGUGGUGUUCCAGCGAGAAGGGUAGAAGCUGGCAGGUGACUGCAUGCAGCCUAGGGCAGCUCCACAUCCUCAAACCGCUUUCAUAUAAUCUUUUCUGGCUUUGAACUCUCCAUCAGGUUGCUGCUGUGUAGUGGAGUCAGGCAGUUACUGCCUUUGGAAGGGUUUCAGCAUUCUGAGCUAGCAUGCACCCUACUCCCUUCUGCCAGUCUGUGUUCCCUUAUGAGGCCUCCCUCAUUGUGUCUUCUUGAAGAUAGGAAACCACAGGUGAGACUUUCUGAAAGGGAACUUACAGGUUUAAGUUCCUCCCAGCUGUCAGGAAAUAUUCCUGAGCAGUCACAUUCACUCAACACUAACUGAGCACCUUAGUAUGUGCUCAGUGCUGGGGAAGAGGUGACUAAGAAUGGCUCCCAUCCUCCCAAUGCUACAGGGCCCAGUUUUCUUUAUUUGGUGUGGCCUUGUAGCUAGUGCCUGGCAGUUAUGUUUUCCUUUUUGGUGGUUUCACCCAGUGUUUGUUGAGUACUUUUUCCUCUGAGAAAAUACCUCUGUUCCAGAGCCUACAUAUCUCGAGUAUCUCAUCCCAGGAGAGAACUAGGACAUUUCCCUUCAGCUGGCUGAACUGAAUGAGCCCUCUCACUGGAGCCACUUGGAGCACUACUGGGGUCACAUGUAGAGGUAUCAAGUACACAUUCCUGGGGCCGGGGAUUUAGCUCAGUGGUUUCGCCGCCUGCUGCACAAGCGCAAGGACCCAAGUUCGAUCCCCGGUACCAAAAAAAAAAAAAGGAAAUCAAGUACACAUUCCUUUUGCUCUAAGACCUUGUAAAUUCUGACUUCAGUCAGAUUUUGACAUGUGGCCUGGGCUGGCUGUAGUUUUA